AUGACAUUGAUUAAUCUUAAUAAAAUAAUGGAUCCGAAAACAAGAGACUAUUUGAUUAUGAUAGGUGGAGGCUUAGCUAUUUUUUUCCUGAGCUAUGAAAUAUUCAGCCCGAACAGCUUUUUAAAUUCAACUAGCGUUGCAGGAGAAGCAGCCAAAGAAGGAGCAAAAGCUGCUUCAAAAACCUAUGUUAGCGAAAAACUAUCCAGAUAA